AAAGCCCAAAGGCAUUAGACCGAAAACCCUAACCCCUCUUUAUCCGCGCGAGAGAGAAGAAAUCAGCGAGGCAUUGAGCAGCCAUGGUUUGCAUCAGGCGUGCGACGGUGGAUGAUCUGCUGGCGAUGCAAGCCUGCAAUCUCAUGUGUCUUCCCGAGAACUACCAGAUGAAGUACUACCUCUACCACAUCCUCUCAUGGCCUCAGCUUCUCUACGUCGCCGAGGACUACAAUGGUCGCAUCGUUGGCUAUGUGUUGGCUAAGAUGGAGGAAGAGAGCAACGAGUGCCACGGCCAUAUCACUUCUCUCGCCGUUCUUCGUACCCAUCGCAAGCUUGGUCUCGCCACUAAGCUCAUGACCGCCGCUCAGGCAGCUAUGGAACAGGUUUACGAGGCAGAGUAUGUUUCACUGCACGUGAGGAGAAGUAACCGAGCAGCAUUCAAUCUGUACACAGAGACAUUAGGCUACAAGAUUAAUGAUGUAGAGGCAAAGUACUACGCCGAUGGGGAGGAUGCUUAUGACAUGCGGAAGAAUCUCAAGGGGAAGCAGAACCAUCACCACGCCCAUGGUCAUCACCACCAUGGAGGUGGAUGCUGUUCAGGUGAUGCAAAAGUUGUAGAAACAGCUCAAGCCGUAGAUGCUAAAGCAGUUUCGAAGUGAGACUUGAAAGCAGGAUGACCAAAACAGGUAAUUAUGAGUAUAUUGAGGUGGGUUCGCUGGCUCGCUCUAGUACUGCUCACUAUUUUCCAUUCAUAUGAUUUCGUGUGACAAAAAUACAUUUGGUGACCACUCUGUGUUACUCCUUUGUCUGUCUUUGGUUGUAUUGAAAUUUAGCCGUUUUUUUUUUCUAUGUAUCAUGUUUUGGAAAUUCCAAGCUUUCAUUAAGGCUUUACAACUUCAGCUGGAAAUCUUCUAUUUGCAAGAUAGCAGAUCUCUAUUGGCAAUAUAGUACAUUUAAUUACAAAAAAAA